UGGCGCGGAAGAGCGCGAGGAGCUUCCGGGGCAGCGUGGAGACCUUCCGCAAGCAGCACCUCGAGGCCUUCCGGCCCGCAGUCCUGCGGCAGUCUGCGCAGGGGUGGCCUGCAAUGGAGAAGUGGGACUUUGAGUUCUUCGCCAAACACUGCGGCGACAUCGAGGUGGAGGCCACGCUGCGCCAGGGCAAGCGCCAAAAGCUGCUGCUCAGGGACUAUCUGAACGAUUGCAAGCUGCAAGCAGGUGGCGAUGAGUUGCCGUACUUGAGGGGCUGGUACUAUCAGAGGGAUGCCCCGUGGCUCCAAAAGGACCUGUGGGAGAAGGGCGACUUUCAUGAUGUGGCCUUUCAGGAUUGGUUCAAACGCCUUCCUGCCCGCCAUCAUCCGGAUUUCCACUGGCUUUUCAUUGGCGCCGCAGGGGCAAUCACUCCGCUUCACAUCGACCCGUCUGCCACGCACGCGUGGCUCUCACAGAUAUCGGGGCGGAAGCGCUUUACUCUUUUUGCACCCAGUGACUUGCCCGAGCUGCUCAGCGAGAGCGGCGGCUUCAAACCUAUUGCGGACAUCCCUGUCAAGCGUCAGGAGAUAGUUCUGGAGCCCGGCGACACGAUCUUUGUGCCGGCGCAUUGGGCUCACCAGGUGGAGUGCCUGGAUGAUUCAAUUUCAGUGACAUGGAACUUCCUCGGGGAGAGCUUGUUUCCGACGGUGCGUGCAGCUUUCCUGGCAAAUGCGGCGAAGCCUGCCUAUGAGCCGGAGCUGUGACGCGGGGGAUAUGAGUUGGCUUCACCAGCUGGGCAAAUGGCUCAGGUGUCUAACCUUUUCAAGCUGCCGCAAAGGCAAAUUUGAGAAGUCUUGACUUGUGUAGCAAGCUCUCGUUCAGGUGGAUUUUUGGUCCAGCCCAGGCGUGGUCAGCGAAAUAGCAGGUGUAGCUGGACAGCUGUGGCCCAAAAGCUUGCACGAGGAGACA